AUGAAGGAUCUUUACUCUUUUGAUCUUACAAAGGAAGGUGCCAAACAAACUUACGAAAAAGUCUGUCGGGUAUAUGAUCGAAUACUUCGCGAUCGAUUAAACCUCGAAGUGUAUAAGGUUACAGCUCAGCCGGGUAUCUAUGGAGGUUCAGUAUCUCAUGAAUACCAUCUACCAAAUCCAUUAGAAGAAGAUGGAAUUCACUUCUGUUCAAAGUUAGUUUUUUAGAA